CAGAGAGAAUGUGAUUCUUUGGGUUAUAGAAAAUGCAGAUUAUGUAUAUAGACAGGUUAAAUAAUAAUAAUCAAAAAAAUGACAUCUCGAUACAGUAUAACAGAGCUGAAGGUGUUUAACACAUUUCAUUUAAUUCCACAAGUGAUUAGAACUGGAUGCCUGCGCCUUAUGGUGCGCUGCUCUGUAAUGUGACAUUCAGAAGAACAGAACUGAAAGCAGGAAUAAAGUUGUCAUUGUAUGACAUUAUCUGAAGUCAUGUGUGGUUUUAAAAUAGUCCUUUUCCAAGGCAAACGUCAUUUUGCAGCGUGUGACGUCGGGAGCCUGAGACUGGCGCGAGGAGAGCGUAACUCUUCACGGCGGCGGUGCUGAUGCGCGCUGCGGCGAGAACUGACAACAGAGAAGAUGCGCGUCUUGCACUUAAAAACAACACGACCGGAGAUCCGCUAAGGCUCUCUCUCUCUCUCUCCCUCUCUCUCUCACACACACAGACACACACACACUGCUCUGUCAUCCGGACCUGGACACUAUAUAUAAUAUCAGUAUGCUGGCCAAUAACACAUUCCCGGACCUGGAAGAUGACUUGUUCUUCAAUUCAUCCGGCAACGAAACGCACGGCGAAGCUCACAGCAGCGCGAUUCUUAUCUCCUUUAUCUACUCUGUCGUGUGUCUGCUCGGGCUUUGUGGCAACUCCAUGGUCAUUUAUGUCAUAUUCAGGUAUGCCAAGAUGAAAACUGCUACAAACAUUUACAUCUUGAACUUGGCGAUUGCGGACGAGCUGCUGAUGCUCAGUGUUCCCUUCUUGGUUACAUCUUCGCUGCUUCGCCACUGGCCGUUCGGCUCGUUUUUGUGCCGUUUGGUUUUAAGCGUGGACGCUGUCAAUAUGUUUACCAGCAUCUACUGCUUAACUGUCCUGAGCAUCGACAGAUACAUCGCCGUAGUGCAUCCUAUCAAAGCGGCCCGUUAUAGGAGACCUACAAUUGCCAAGAUGGUCAACUUGGGCGUGUGGAUGUUCUCGAUCUUGGUCAUUUUGCCCAUCAUCAUAUUUUCCACUUCUACACCAAACUCUGACGGCUCGGUCGCCUGUAACAUGCAGAUGCCGGAGCCGCAGCGUCGGUGGAUGGCAGUGUUCGUGAUUUACGCCUUUCUCAUGGGCUUCCUUUUCCCGGUGCUCGCCAUAUGCAUGUGUUACGUCCUGAUCAUAGCGAAGCUUAGAGUAGUUGCACUGAAAGCGGGCUGGCAACAGCGCAAGAAGUCCGAGAGGAAGAUCACGCUCAUGGUCAUGAUGGUAGUCACGGUGUUCGUGAUCUGCUGGAUGCCAUUUCACGUCGUGCAGCUCGUGAACGUGUUCGAGGAGCGACACAACGCCACAUUCAGCCAGCUGGCAGUGAUUUUGGGUUAUGCCAACAGUUGCGCUAAUCCCAUCCUUUACGGCUUUCUGUCGGACAAUUUUAAACGCUCCUUCCAAAGGAUUUUAUGCCUCAGGUGGGUGGACAGCGCUGCUGAGGAGCCCAUUGACUAUUAUGCCACGGCACUGAAAAGUCGGGGCUUCAGUGUGGACGAGUUUCAGCCUGACAUUAUGGAGUCGGACAGCGCGUACAGGAACGGCACGUGUACGUCCAGAACUACAACACUGUAGUGAGCUGAACUGGUGUCAGAAUGUGCUGACUAGAACAGAUAACACACAGAACGUGUGGUUGCCAUGGCAUUUAUUUAUUUAUUUAUUUAUUUAUUUAUUUAUUUAUUUAUUUAUUUAUUUAUUUAUUUGUGUGUGUGUGUGUGUGUGUGUGUGUGUGUGUGUGUGUGUGUGUGUGUGUGUGUGUGUGUGUGUGUGCGCGCGCGCGCGCGCGGGAAUCAGCCAUUAACCUUUUUGGUCCCCUCUGUUUUACCAAAUCGGAUAAAUCAGGCUUUUUUCCUGUAGAUACAUCGAGUAUGAUACUGAAGCCUUGUAAUUGUGUUAGACUAUUAACUCCUGCCGAUUACAGCCUGAUCGACACAAGAGACUCUCAAAAAACUGAAACGUAGAAUGUUUAUAGAAAAAAGAGGCAUAGGAAAGGCAGACCAACCUUUUCUCUAACCCAGUGUUGUCACUAUUAGUAAUUGUCACCAAAACAAUCUAUAUAAACAUGAAUAUUUUAUAUGACAUUCAGAGUGGUUUCAUCUUUAAUGUGGGAGUGAUCGUAGAGCUAAACACACAUAAGUGCAGGAAAAGGUGCCACCUUCCUUGCCAUGCUUUGUCACUUGGCUUAUUUAAGGUAUACGUCUACUGUAUUGUGUUUAAAUAUCAUGCCAUUCAUCGCUUAACAUUGAAUUAACUUGAAUUGAAGGAAUAUUUUAGCUACAAAUUAAAUUGUCCUAACCCACAGUGUAGUCAGUCAGCAAAUACAUAUUUAGCAUUUUCUUCAUUAGACUUGCACUUGAGCUAUAAAUUUAAAUUAGGAGGAAAAAAAAUUGGGAUUUCAUGAUAGGUACAAAACUUCAGCCAAAAAAAAAAAAAAAAAUUUUCUUUAUAGUUUCAAGAUCUGUAAACUUUCAUACAAGCACAUUCAUUUUGAAACUCCUAUCUCUAACAAAUUACACCUCUCUUACAACAUGUAUAGAACUUAUAUCUGUCUAAAACUAUAAUAAAACCAUGAUUUCCAAAAAAAAAAAAUUAAAAAUAAAAGCAAGAAUUAAACAGAAUUUAAUAUUUACAUAUUCAGUGCCUAUCAGAUAUUGGCAGUCAGGCCAAUGAGUUCUUUUGAAAUAUUCCAUGUUUGUUCAUUCCUUCAUAUUCUUCUUUAGCCUUUUUAUCCUUGUCUGGGUGGCAGUGGAUCCGGAGCCUUUUCUGGGAGUAUUAGUUGCAAGGCAGGAACACACACACACACACACACACACACACACACACACACACACACACACACACACACACACACACACACACACACACACACACACACACACACACAC